UCCGAGAAGGCCGGCGGCCCGUGGGCAGGGUCACAGGGCAAGGUCCCCCGGGCCGCUGGGAGCGGCGACUUCCGUGCUCCCGGCCAGCCGGCGGAGAGCGGGGGCCGCACUGGGGAGUGUGGGCUGGGCCGCAGGGGUCCUCAGCCCCCUGGGGCACAGACCAGUGGUGGUCUUCAGCCCAUUAGGAACUGGACUACACUGCAGGAGAUUAUUUCAGGGACCGACCUCUCGCAUUGCUCUGCACAGGACUGGGUGCUCAGUAAAUUGGGCCAGGCUGCCUGAUGUCAUGUGGCCUGUGUUUUGGACCGUGGUUCGUACCUAUGCUCCCUAUGUCACAUUCCCUGUCGCCUUCGUGGUUGGGGCUGUGGGCUACCACCUGGAAUGGUUCAUCAGGGGAAAGGACCCCCAGCCUGUGGAGGAGGAAAAGAGCAUCUCAGAGCGCCGGGAGGAUCGCAAGCUGGAUGAGCUUCUAGGCAAGGACCACACCCAGGUGGUGAGCCUUAAGGACAAGCUAGAAUUUGCCCCGAAAGCUGUGCUGAACAGAAACCGCCCAGAGAAGAAUUAAUGGAGGACACAGGGCCCUGUGGUCCUACUGUGGCCGGUGCCUGGUCCUGCUACCAUGUCCACCAGCCCCAGAACCCACAUCUGAUUGGCUUUGUUGCCAUGCAAGUACUGGCUGCUCCCUGAUGGCCAGGCAGACCCAGCAGCCGCCGAGGGGCCAGUGAAGAG